AUGGGAAUUGAUCAUUUUGGUUAUUUAUUAAAGAGAGGGAUGAGUAAUUACGCAAUUAGUGAUGCAGAGGCCGACAAGCUUAUUGCAGCUCUCGAAGGUCCAAAUGGAGCUUCAUACGACCACGGAACCGACUUGGAGUUUGCUGCACACUGCAGAGAGGCACAAGAAUUCGUUAAUGGAUCUCGUUUCAAUUUGGUCAACAAUCCACAAGGUGGAUUCCCAAACACUCCAUUCCACACCAACAGUCGUAUCAUUCACAAUCCUUCUUUCUUUGUCGAUGAGGGUAUAGUUAGACCAGGUUAUUUCCUCAACAUGAACAACCCAAAUGCAUGCGAUUCAGAGAGUAUUGAAAGUGUUAAAGAUGAGUUUAUACAAUUCAUAAAACCAAUCAUUGGUGACUACAUAUGGCAAUUAGAUCCAUUCUUUUUAAAUAUAGAUAGAAAUAAAAAGAAUCAUUUAUAUGGAAAGACAAGAGUAAAUGAUUCGAUUGAAGAUGAAUGGUUCAUUGUUUAUCUAUUGGUAAAGCUAUCAGAGAGGUAUAGGGAGAUGUCACUUACGGUAAGAGAUAACGAUGGUGAAUUUCUCUUGAUAGAGGCUGCUGCCGUACUUCAGAAAUGGAUGAAGCCUGCAACCACUCAUAACCGUGUGUUUAUAAGAGCUGGACAGAUCACUGUUUUACCGAUGGCAUCGUCACCAGCCGAGUUGGAUAUACUGCCCUACAAAAUAGAUGUCGAUAGUGCAUUGGCAUUGAUGAAGAGUAGCAACAGCAACAACAUCAACAACAUCAACAACAGUCAAUAUGCUAAGCCUUCCACACCCAUUACCAACGCUAUCAAUCAACGGCUAUCACGUUUCGCAAAUGGAAAGUACCAAAAAGAUCAACACCAAAUCUCAGCGGUGAGUGUACCGCGUGAAGUUGCAUAUCUUUUAUAUUGUUAUCCUCAGGUGAUAUCGGAUUUGGUUAGAGUAUUCUGUGACCGUGAUCCAGAGGAUAUGGCAUCGUUGGUGGCGAUGAAACGAUUCCCAUACGAUGCCGACAGUCAUGUGGAUUGUAAGAUUCGAUUCACCAGGUGUUUGUAUGCACAGAUAAAACAACAGAGAUUUAACCAACCACGACAAUUCAAAGCGUUGCCAAAGCCGUCUGCACCCAACUACUCAAUGGCGGCACUCGGUGUGAAGUUGCACUGUGCAAUGGAGAUACUCUACAGCCGCAAAACAGACCAUACUACAACCCUGGCAUGGCAAAAUCAUCUUAAUCAUUUGAAGAGAAGCAAUUACUUUGGUGAGGAAAUCAAAGGAUCGAAAUUGUAUAAAGAGAAAUUAGAGAAAGCAAAGAAGGAUUGGCAGGAGAAACAGAGAAGGAAUGAUAAUGAUAUCAGCGGACAAAAUAUGCGUAGUAAGAUAGCGAUUUUAAUAGACCAGUGUCUGGGUGAUCCUAAUCUAUCAAGAGAAUCAAUGAUGAAUUUCAUUCAGCAAAGUUCCAAUGGAAUGAAAGAAACCAGUGAUAAGUGGAUGGAUAAGAUUCCUACGAGAUAUGAAGAUUUGUUGUCAGAGUUGGAGAAUAAAGAUAAAGACAGUGCGAACAUGGAUAUCAAUAACAUAACCAAAUCCUUCCAAAAGAUGUUGAAUACAACCUCCUCAUUUGAAGGAAUAGAUUUUUCAAGUGGAUUAGGUAGUGGUAGUAGUGGUAACAAAAAUAAUGGUGGUUUCGAUCCAGAGAAAUUCCUAUCGAUUCUAAAAGGUGUUGCUGGAAUUGGAAAUGAAGAUCAUGGAAUGGAUCUAGGUGGUGACGGAUUUGAAGAUGAAGAUGAUGAUUUAUAUAAAAAUAUUGCAGAUUAUGAUUUUGGAGAAGAUGACGACGAUUACGAUAAUGAAGAAGCUGAAGAUAGUGAUGAUGAAGACAGAUAUUCGGAUAGUGAACAAGAUUCUCCACUGGAAUUUGAUUAUGAAAAUAUUCAUAUGUCAAACCUGAAGGAAAAUGGCAGUGGAGUCAACUCUAAGCAAUCGAUCGGCAAAUAUAUGAAGCAAAUGGAUUUCGAAUUGUCGAAAACAACUGUUGGUCAAUCAUUUGAGAAGGUACAGAUGAAAGGUGACGACCUUAUCAGCAAAGAACAACUCGAGCAAGAGAAUAUCAAUAGACCUGUAGAUUUGAAUUUCAAUCUCGUAAAGAAUAUCAUUGGCUCACUUUCUUCACAACAAGGUUUGGCUGGUCCUGCUUCAACGUUAUUAAAAGAAUUUAUUGAAAAUAAAAAAUAA